GCAGCCUCGGCUCCCGAUUCCGUGCAGACGCCCAGCAGCCGGCGCACACCGCCCAGCAACCCAGCGCCUCCAGCUCCAAGUCCUGCGGUCCUGAGAAAACUCACUCGGCCCUCCGACCCCCGCCGGGUCUGUGGCACUCAGCGCCCACCCAGCUCGCAGCUAGCAGCCACCCUUGGCUCCGCCGCGGCUCCUGGAGAGCCGGUCGCUCACCUAGCUUGGCCCUGAGGACCGAGGUGGGGGGGUGCGGCUUCAUGCGGCCCCCACACCCUUCACCCCACCGCCGCCGCCCCCGAGCUCUGUGUACAGAGUCCCAGCCCCAGCAGGGCGCACAACUUUGGAAGUCCCGUGGGGUUCCUAGAGGAGGCAGAGUCCGCGCCUUCGCCGGAGGUCCGGCCCAGCCCGCGCCACCCCGCCUGGAGGGUAGCGACGGAGUUGGAAAUCUCUUCGAGGGUGUAAGAAGACAGACCUAGGACUCGGAGCCCACACCAACACUCCUCGGCUGCCUCUUAGGAAUAAAAUCUCUAACCACCAGCUGGCCCUACUCGAUCCUGCCGCUUAGAAAUAGAACUUGGCUGUGUUUGAGGAGCUGGGAGAGAGAAAGCACCCACCCGGAGCGUCGGAAGGACGAACUGGUGCCAGUUCGCGGGCUCCAGUCCAUGGACCACUAGCGGUCCCCAGCUUGGGCCCGGGUUCACUGUGGCCCUCUUCCUUAUGUGAGGCGCGGCGGGACGAACCGCGCACCGGAGGAAGAGGAGGACCCACGGACGCGGGGCCGGAAGGCAGCUGGCAGCAGGCCCACGAGAACCGGUACCCGCGUUCAUGUUCCGCCAGGAGCAGCCGCUGGCCGAGGGCAGCUUUGCGCCCAUGGGCUCCCUGCAGCCGGAUGCCGGCAACAGCAGCUGGAACGGGACCGAAGCGCCCGGAGGCGGCACCCGAGCCACCCCUUACUCUCUGCAGGUGACACUGACGCUGGUUUGCCUGGCUGGCCUGCUCAUGUUGUUCACAGUGUUUGGCAACGUGCUGGUUAUUAUCGCGGUGUUCACCAGUCGCGCGCUCAAAGCUCCCCAAAACCUCUUCCUGGUGUCCCUGGCCUCAGCGGACAUCCUGGUGGCCACGCUGGUCAUUCCCUUUUCUUUGGCCAACGAGGUUAUGGGUUACUGGUACUUUGGUAAGGUGUGGUGCGAGAUCUACUUGGCUCUCGACGUGCUCUUUUGCACGUCGUCCAUAGUGCACCUGUGCGCCAUCAGCCUUGACCGCUACUGGUCCAUCACGCAGGCCAUCGAGUACAACCUGAAGCGCACGCCGCGCCGCAUCAAGGCCAUCAUCGUCACGGUGUGGGUCAUCUCGGCUGUCAUCUCCUUCCCGCCACUCAUCUCCAUAGAGAAGAAGGGAGCUGGCGGCGGGCAGCAGCCGGCCGAGCCGAGCUGCAAGAUCAACGACCAGAAGUGGUAUGUCAUCUCCUCCUCCAUCGGUUCCUUCUUCGCGCCUUGCCUCAUCAUGAUCCUGGUCUACGUGCGUAUUUACCAGAUCGCCAAGCGCCGCACCCGCGUGCCUCCCAGUCGCCGGGGUCCGGACGCCUGUUCCGCGCCGCCGGGGGGCGCCGAUCGCAGGCCCAACGGGCUGGGCCCGGAGCGCGGCGCGGGUCCCACGGGCGCCGAGGCGGAGCCGCUGCCCACCCAGCUUAACGGUGCCCCGGGGGAACCCGCGCCCAUCGGGCCGCGCGAUGGGGAUGCGCUGGACCUAGAGGAAAGUUCGUCGUCUGAGCACGCCGAGCGGCCCCCGGGGCCCCGCAGACCCGAGCGCGGCCCCCGAGCCAAGGGCAAGACCCGGGCGACCCAGGUGAAGCCGGGGGACAGUCUGCCGCGGCGCGGGCCCGGGGCCGCAGGGCCGGGGGCUUCGGGGUCCGGGCAAGGAGAGGAGCGCGGCGGGGGCGCCAAAGCGUCGCGCUGGCGCGGGAGGCAAAACCGGGAGAAACGCUUCACGUUCGUGCUGGCGGUGGUGAUCGGCGUGUUCGUGGUGUGUUGGUUUCCGUUCUUUUUCACCUACACGCUCAUAGCGGUCGGCUGCCCGGUGCCCAGCCAGCUCUUCAACUUCUUCUUCUGGUUCGGCUACUGCAACAGCUCCCUGAACCCUGUUAUCUACACCAUAUUCAACCACGACUUCCGACGCGCCUUCAAGAAGAUCCUCUGCCGUGGGGACAGAAAACGCAUCGUGUGAGCGCAUGGGCCGUGCCCUGCGUGCAGAACACUGGUCAGAUGCAGGUCCUGGGCUUCGAGGGGGCGCGUCUACGCAUGCUGCCCCUUGCACUCUGAAACCCCGGACCUACCCAGCUUGGAAGGAGCUCCGUGGCCUUUGAGACCUUUUGUUACUAUGUGUAAAAUUCUGGCUGAGAGGGACACAUGAGCCCUUUUACUGGUUGUUCCCAACCCACAGCCAGUUUCCUGGUGGGCUAUCCCUGAUCAGUAUUGUUUCCUGAUGAUAUUGUCAUCUUCUCCCCAAGUCUGACUCUUCAGAGCAAGCACAGUUCUAGAGAGGGCAUGGCUGCCAAAGGGUUAAUGAGCCAAGGUUUCCUCAGCUCUGGCUAAUUAUCUCCCCCACACCCCCUUCCUUAAAAAAGAAAGAUCAUUCAGGGCAGUCCUGCCUGCCCUACCUCCCCCCCCCCCACUGUAAAUAUACAUUAUUUUUGAUAGCAUACUUUGGGUUCUUCAGUGUUGGCCUUGAUGCAUAUUGGAAUCAUGGCUGUGGAGAUGCCCUCCAGUCAGACAGUGGGCUAUCUGGUCCAGACCAAGCUCUUUUGCAAUGCAAGCCCCUUUCUAGUGUUAUUACAUCGCUCUCAGUGCUUUCCAGCAGUAACUGGUGACUGUCCCCUGGACAUGGACCUGCUUUGACAUUUCCUGACAAGGAAGGGAUUUCUGUUCAUUUUCCCCUGUGCCUAACUGCAUAAUUGCCUUUUCCUAUGUAAAUAUUACAGCGAUGGACCGAGACAGGAGGAAAUGAACCUUCUGCCUUGCAUCAGCCCUGUGUAUAAAGCCAUUAUCCGCUGAGGCACCGCUUGCCCCAGUAACUCACUUUAGAACUGACUUUGCGGUUCUCCCCCCCUCUGGGGCUUGAAGAAGAGUGUGUAUGUUUCUAUCUUGUCUGUGUGCCGCCCCUCCCCCAGAAAGUGCUGACUAAGGGGAAUCUUUUAGCUGCUGUUUUUAGACACCCAGGAGGGGAAAUUAUGUGGAAGAAACCAACCCGAUACAAUUUGCCAAGGUAAACAGUGUGAGGAGGCAAAUGGGCUGCCACACUGUAUGGAGCCAGCCCCAAGAGCUCUUGGGUAUCAAAGUGUUACCUCCCCUUGCUUUCCUGGCUGAGAUCAUGUGACUAAUGAAUUGCCAAAGUCAGGGAGUAGGCGGAGACUUCGUGUUUACAACCUGGUUUCUACUUAUUUUAGGCAGACUGUGGAAGACCUGUGAUCUGAUUUCACGAGAGAAAAACUAAAUGUCAGCACUUGUUGCUCCUGAUGGUGGAUUUUUUUUUUUUAAUAAAAGUUUACAGAUCAAAUGUGAAAUAAA